AUGGCGAGGUCGCUGGUUUUGCCCGUGGAUGAACGAUUUCAAGGUCGCGGUGUUUCCGAUGGUGUAAAUUACAACCUUGACGGUGUAACGUUAGGGUUUGUUGUUGGGCAGAUCAUUGACUCAAAGAUGUUCAAAUCUUUACCUUCUCGAUCUUCAUAUGCAGUUAAAAUCGUCAUCAAGGUUGGUCACCUUCCUCGUUCAAGCAAGAAAGGAUCUCCGAUUAGUUAG